CAAGUGAUCCACUGACUUCAGCCUCCCAAAGUGCUGGGAUUAUAGGCAUGAACCACCGUGCCAGGCCAAUUCAUGUUUCUUGAUGACUCUUCAAUGAAGGGGCUUAGGGAAAGGGCAAAGCAAGUCACAGAACAUAAAAAUUCAGAAAUAAUGAGCACAAAGGUCAGAGUGAAAAUUCAGGAAUAAACUUGUGCAAGCAGUCUUCAAAAAAGCACUUCUGCCUAAGCAGUUAAAAACAUGAAAGCAUCUAUUUUGAAAGACAUAGAUAUCCAUUAAUUGCUAACAGUAGAAAUAUAAUAAUAGUUCAAAGAUUUAGUUUAAUAAGUAUAUUUGUAAAGCUUUAAAGGCAUUACCAAACUAGCCACUUUUUAAUUCAUACGGAAAAUCAAUCUUUAGAAUAAACAGGAAAGCACAUAAGCUCAAAAUCAAUAACAACUUAUAUUGCACUAAUGAUAAGAUUCAUUUCAAUGUAGCAGCUGUCCAACUGUAUACAACUAUAAUAUUCACUUAACAAUUAGGUUGCUAAGACCAGGACUUCUAAUGGAAUGCCUCUCAUAAUUUACCAGUUAAAUUUGCAGGUGGGGGUUAUCAGUAGUAGUUACAGUUUAAUAGAAGCUGUUAGCGUUGAACAUGUUUAUUGUACAAUUCAAGAGGAAAUAGGUCCUCAGAUGUUUAGCACUUAGCUCUAUGUUUAAGAACACUAGCCUGGUAGAAACGUGUUAGUAAUAUCCCUUACUUAAUGAUCAUAUUUUUAAAAAAUCAAAGUAAUAAACGAUAAAGAGAAUCCAGAAUGAGAUAAAAGAAAAACACAGAGUCAGAAAGUCUAAAAUGUGGAGGAAAUGGAUAACGUAAAUAAAGUAAAAAUGAGCCAAAUGUAUCUUCACAGGCUGUGAGAAUCGCCUAAAGGCACGGUUACACAAGCCAUAAGACAGACAGCGGGUCUCCUGGUAACGGAUGGACAAAAGUGUUUAAAAGGAUCAAAAUGGGUGGAUUUUAAAGAUCUCAUAUCCAUUAAGCAAUCAGUAUUAAAGAAACAAUAGUAUUGUCGAAAAAAGUGUUUAAAACCAAAGGGUAACAUACCUUUGGAUAUAUAAUUUCCAUGAAGUUUAUUUAAAGAAAAAAACCUCCAAAACGACCUGUCUUUGUUUAAACAAUGCUGCCUGCCAAGCGAUUUUGUUUAUUAAAUGUUUUCUCAGGUUUAGAAGACAAGGAUUGAGAAAAAAUGUGGAAUUGGAGAUCUGGAAGAUCUGUGUUUAAGCAGUGGGACCUUAACGUUAGACGCACAGAAAUGCGUUAACGAAAGCCAGUAAAACUGAGAAUGGGGUCUUCUGGUAAAUCUUGUACUUUGGUUUGUAAGAAACUUGUAUGUAAAGAAGUUUACCAGGUUUCGGGAAUAAGAUAAUAAAAUGCACUUAACCCAUUCGGAAUCCUACCCCUACCUACCUUACCUCUGGCCGGUUAGCUUCUCACGCGCGCGCCGGCACCUUCUGUGGGGAAGCGGGGCGCUGGGCUCUACCCGAGCAGCGAUUACGCGGAAGGGCAAUGCUCCCCCCGCACCCCCGUUCAGGCCAACCAGGUCUCCCCUUCCUACGCGGAAAGCAGCGGCGGGCUCCGGGGCGUGGGAACUAGAGAAGCGAAGGCGCGCGCUCCUCCUCCCUGGCUGGGCGGAGCCGCACCCGCCGGGAGAGUGGUGAGGGCCACCGCGGCGCGCGGGCGCUCAGUAGGGAGAGGCGCUUCUUCGCGGUGCCCGGAGUCAGAGCACACCUCACCGCCCCCAGGACCUGUUGGAGACUGGCCCGAACCGUCGUCGAAGGGAGCAGCCCGGCAACCCCCGACGUUCCUCGCCCCGCCCGACGUUCCCGCAAGUGGCCAAACCAGCCGGACAAGCCAAACUCGCCGGGUCUCCCGGCAGCAGCAGGUGGCCCCGUCCUUCCAGGGAGGGCCGUGCGCCCCGCGGCGCUCCGGAGCCCUCUCGGCCGCCCCCGCCAGGCGGGAUGGAGGCGGACGGGGACGGAGAGCAGCUGGCCCGACUGCGCUCGGUCUUCGCCGCCUGCGACGCUAACCGCUCGGGACGCCUGGAGCGCGAGGAGUUCGGGUCACUGUGCGCGGAGCUGCGGGUGCGGCCGGCCGACGCCGAGGCCGUAUUCCAACGGCUCGACGCCGACCAUGACGGCGCCAUCACAUUCCAGGAGUUCGCACGUGGCUUCCGCGGGGCCCUCCGCGGGGGGCGGCGCCAGGACUGGGGUCUGCUGGGUCCUGCGCCGGCCGUGGCUGAGGCGGGGCCCGAGACCCCCGACAGCGAGGAGGACGAGGGCGACGAGGACGCGGAGGCGGCGCUGGCCACCUCGUGGGGCCCGGCGAGUCCCGACCCGGCUUGGCAGGAUUUCCAGGCGCGACUCGGGGAGGAAGCCAAGUUCAUUCCCAGAGAAGAGCAAGUUAGUACCUUGUACCAAAACAUCAACCUUGUGGAACCAAGAUUAAUUCAACCAUAUGAACAUGUUAUAAAGAACUUCAUCCGUGAGAUCAGACUUCAAAGCACAGAAAUGGAAAAUUUGGCCAUUGCGGUGAAGAGAGCCCAGGACAAGGCAGCUAUGCAGCUGAGUGAGUUGGAAGAGGAAAUGGAUCAGAGGAUUCAGGCUGCAGAACAUAAGACACGGAAAGACGAAAAGCGCAAAGCUGAGGAAGCCCUCAGUGACCUCAGACGUCAGUAUGAAACUGAAGUAGGAGAUCUGCAGGUGACCAUUAAAAAGCUAAGAAAGCUCGAAGAACAAUCAAAACACAUAAGUCAAAAGGAAGAUGUGGCUGCACUGAAAAAACAAAUUUAUGAUUUAUCAAUGGAAAAUCAGAAAGUUAAGAAAGAGCUUUUAGAAGCACAGACAAACAUAGCCUUCCUUCAGAGUGAAUUAGAUGCUUUGAAAAGUGAUUAUGCUGAUCAGAGUCUGAAUACUGAAAGGGAUCUGGAAAUAAUCCGAGGAUACACAGAAGAUCGAAAUAGUCUUGAGAGGCAAAUUGAAAUACUCCAAACAGCUAACCGGAAGCUACAUGACAGUAAUGAUGGCCUUAGAAGUGCCCUUGAAAACAGUUACAGCAAAUUCAACAGAUCUUUGCGUAUAAAUAAUAUCUCACCAGGGAAUACCAUUUCUAGAAGCAGUCCCAAAUUCACUGGUCAUUCCCCUCAACCUCUAGGCUAUGACAGGUAUGUUAACACGUCCUCACUUUUUGUUCGAGUUCAGGAUCACAGGCUUGAAAGUAAAAAGCCAAUGGAAUUAUUUACAUCAUGCUCUCCACUCUCAUGUUCCUUUUCAGGAGUUGAUUUCCAAAUGAAAACCCUCAUUGUGGAUGGAGAACGGACAGUUCUGCAGCUCUGGGACACAGCUGGUCAGGAAAGAUUCAGAAGUAUUGCCAAGUCUUACUUCAGAAAGGCAGAUGGUGUUUUGCUGCUGUAUGAUGUUACAUGUGAGAAAAGCUUUCUUAAUAUACGAGAAUGGGUAGAUAUGAUCGAGGAUGCAGCCCAUGAGACUGUUCCCAUCAUGUUGGUAGGAAACAAGGCUGACGUUCGUGACACUGCUGCUGCAGGGGGACAAAAAUGUGUCCCAGGGCACUUUGGAGAGAAACUGGCCAUGACGUACGGGGCAUUAUUCUGUGAAACAAGUGCCAAAGAUGGUUCUAACAUAGUGGAAGCUGUUCUGCACCUUGCUCGAGAAGUGAAAAAGAGAACUGACAAGGAUGACAGCAAAUCCAUUACCAAUCUCACCGGGACCAAUUCCAAAAAGUCACCACAGAUGAAGAAUUGUUGCAAUGGCUAAGUCCCAAACAUCCUUGACCUGUGAAGUCUUCAUUUCCAGAAUACUGAAUUUGUGUGACUUAUUUGGCUGUUGACAGAGUGGCAUAUCCUACUGACACUGUCAUAUGGAGAGUUACAGUGCAGGAAACCCGAACCCUGCUCUCAGGUCCCUCUGGAACUUUGGCUCUUUGUUUUGUCUCAGUGAGUGGUUUGGGCCCUCUGGUUAAAUAGACUAGUCAUGUCCUUACAGGUCUUAAAAGAUAACAUGUAAAUGUUUUCUAAAAUGGUAAAAAAAAAAAAAAAAAAGAAAUCACAUGCUCACAUCAAAGCUGUAGAGGAAACUGACAUAAUUAGAUUCAUGUGGUAGCUGAAUUAGGUUACCCACGAAGUCAGCAUUUAAAUAUUUGAUAUUAAAGUUCUAGUAAAAAGGGGUUCUCAUCCUAGGUUUGCUGUUAACUGGCCUUGUGAUCUUGGACAGGUCACAAGCCCAUGUCGGAUCUGUUUCUUCAUCUGUAAAAUGCACAGCUUGCCCUCAAAGGCCUUGCAGCCCUUGGCAUCUCAGAUUCCGUAGGAAGCAGUAGGAAGGAGAGUGUGGCGGCCCACAGCUAAUAAUAAGAACUGUGGUUAUUCCUGCUUUUUAAAUAUUGGAGUAUUGAUUUUUCUCACUUCUGAAAUAAGGACAGAAUUUAAUUGAGAAAAAAAAAUGGAAACAUCUAUUUUUUAUGUAUAAAGAAACAUGCUUGAGACAAAAAUAGUUGUAUAUAAAAGAGGAUAUUUCAUAAUCUCAGAAUAGUUGCAAAGCCCAUUGUUUAAAUUUGGUGUUAAAAAUCGUAAUGAAAACAUGUAAAGCCAUAUACUGCUGAAAGCACAAUGCCCAGGAAAGUUGUUACUCUUCACUUAAGGGAGUGGUUGCCAGGGGCUGAGAAAGGGAGGACAGGGUAUGUGGUUUCUUUGAGGGAUGAUGAGAAUGUUCUGGAAUUCAAAUAGGGGUAAUAGUUGCAUAACUGAAUAUACUAGGAACCACUGAAUGGUAUACUUUGAAAGGGUGAAUUUUAUGGUUGUGAAUUAUCUCACUAAAAAAAAUACUAGUACUUAGAGUGAUUUAACAUGUUGCAAAAUGAAAAUAUCCCUGCUGAUUUCAAACCUUCCCAUGGUUUAGAAGCGUAACCUGUAAUGUAAUCCAAGUCCCCUAACUCCCUAGUUGCUAACAUUAACUUCCUUAAGUAAUAAUCAAUGAAAGAAAUACUAUGUAUGGUUUUGAAAUAAUGUCUUUAAAAGAGGAAUUGCCAUUAGGAAAGGUGAGUCAGGAUCCUUUGUUUAAUGUGACUAGUCCCUCAUCAUCACCAAUGACCUGGUUGGGCCUACUCUCCUUCCAGAAUCUGCAUUGCUUCCCAGACGUCCCCACUGAGAUGUCUCUAAGAGCCAAAGGAGUCAACAGCUGAGCCUAGGGUGGGGCUACAACACAGAAUUCUAAUUUACCUUGCUUCAUCUAGGUCCAGGCCCCAAGUCGCUUCCUGAAGGCACUUAAAAAAAAAUAGCUGUUAUUUAUUGUAUUAUAUAAGCUAAAGACAUUUCUUUUUGUUGAAUCAAAACAAUUCCAUGUAGCAAUACUUUUUCUGUUCACGAUGUUUGUGAUAGAACCUUAUAUUCCGCAAGCGUCAGUUUUUUAAAAAACGGGAAUUGACCAGAUAUGUUACAGGCAAAGAUUAUAAACAGCUACAACAUCAUUUAACUUUUGUAAACAUACCUUCUCCCUAUUGAAGACAUCUGAUAUUUUUGCUGGAAAGUUGGACCUAUCCUCAGCAACUCUGCCAUGCAUUCCUGUUUCCUGGUUCCAGAAAAAGAAAAGAUUACAUUUCUAAUCAGAAAGAAUGUCUUGUGUAUGGGAAAUUUUUCAAAAUAAAGGGGGUAUUAUUUAUGUGGGACGACGAAGCAAAAGUUUUACCAUGGCUGUUUGUCUUAGUGACAUCUUUUGAUGAGAUUGAUGAGAUUGGAUCUGAUACAGAUGCUGAUAUAUGGGACACAUGUUUAGGUUUUGGUGCAGUUGCACAAAACUGUGUUAGUUUAUUUGUUACUGUGUUGCCUUUAUUUAUUCUCUCCAAAGUGUCUCUUUUUAUUUGUUUUACAAUCUGUAAAAGAGUAUACCUGUAAUGCAGAAGUAUUUUCAUAGUCUUUGUCUCUGGAUUGUCCCGUCAACGUACCCGACGUUGAUGAGAUUACACCAGUGCCUUUGAUCAUCAACCAAUCGUCUUUAACUAUUUGAGCCCUGAUAAAUAUUUUGGUAACAUCAUCCAAAUUAGAGAUUUUGAGCUCUGGUUAGCAAUCAUGUUUCAAGAGAAGCUUCUUAAUGUAUGCUGCAGUGCUGGGAGAUCCUGAUUAUUACCAGCGUUUUGAUUUCAUGAAGGUGUUCUCAAAUUUAAAGCACAUUUUCAGUAAGAACAAAAAUAUUUAAUGUUUUUAUCUUAGACUUAAUACAUUUGCAUAUUACUGUCGAAGUUAUUCACCUUGUCCCUGUUUUUCUUUAAGAGCUUUUAAAAUCACAGUUACACUAUAGUCUUUUUAAAAAUGUAUCCUGAUACAUUGUAAAAUAUUUUAAUUUUAUUAUGGAAAAUAAUGUUGGAUAAGGAGAUAUUUUUCACUGUUAACUUUUAGCCCAUGCAUUUUCAUAAUUUAUUUUUUUCGCUUGCUGCUUUAUAUGACAUAUGUGACAUUUGAUUAUUUAAUACUUCAUGUGAUUUGCAUAAACCCAAGUUGCACAGCCCUCCUGCUGAAGAUAAAAUUGAGGUUAAAGAUAAAGAUUUAUUUUCAUAUUUGUACAGUGAUCGGCUUCAGAGUGAUGGUUUUUGUGGGCUUUUAUUGUAUGUGUGUGUAAGAAAUUUCAUAUGUAUAUAUUAAGUAGGCCUCUGAGUAUUGAAUAAUUGUUUUAUGAUUUUGAUUUAUAUGGUUUACAUUUUCAUUGUGUGGGCCAUAUUUCGUUUAUACUGUUUAUUUCUCUUCAAACCAUUAAUAAUUAUAAAAAUAAAGUGUAAUUUUUAUAGCAAUGCAAAUGUCUAAGGAACUACAAAUGUUUUCUACAUUGUAAAUUCAAUAAAGCUUGCUUCCUUUGGC